AUACUUCUUGGUCUUCAAUCAUCUAUAUGAGCUCCAUGCUAUUAUUCAUUCUAAAAGGCUGACAUAUUGAAAAUUCAAACAUACUUUCCCUUAUCCCAUGGUACUGCUUCUAGCUCUACUUGUAAGGAUGCCACUCAUUGUCUUUGGUUCUUAAUACUAUAAUUAAGUUGGACUGAACCGAUCAAGUCUUUCCAAGUCCAGAUAUAACCACUAUAGAAUGAUUCAUAAGUCUAAUAUCCAUCCACCAUUCAUAUUGGCUGAAAGCUUACGUCUUAUGUAGGUUGUGAAGCUUGUUGUGUUUCUGCUAACAGCUUGUGUAGGUUGUGAAGCUAGGCACUCGCUCUCCGCCUCCUCAAAAUUUCUAAAAGAUCUUUGUUGAUUCUUCUAAUAACUUUUCUUUGAGGGCUUUCCUAACUUAACAGACUAUCUAUGAGUAAAGAUCUCUAUACAUGUCUAUAUUUUCAAAAUUAUUUUUUAGACAAAAUAAAUAAUUCAUAUUGGUAUACACAUUUAUAUCGAAUUUUAGGUUCAUCUUAGCAUAUGGAUUUUUAACAUAUGCACACAAUAAAUGUGUUAUAAACUCAAAUACAAAUUCUAUAAUAAUAAGAAGUUAAUAAAAUAAAAUCUAUGAAAAAUCUAGUCUUAUGAAAUGAUUGCGAAAUCAUCCACCAAUUCCAUAACAUUAAAGGAUACAUUUCAAAAAGUUUAAUCCCAAAUAUUCCCUUGCUCACAACUAACAAAUGUAAUAUUCGAAUUCAAACAAAAAAUAAACCUCAUUUUAAUUGGAAACUUUAAUACCCGUAAAAUAGUAAAUUUUCAACUUCUUCUCCGAAGUUUUAGUUUAACAUUUGAUUUGUUCUUCUUUUAACAUUUGCUUCUUUUCUUUUGGCUGUGUUUCAAUGUCUCUCCUUUCUCAUUCUAUUCUCUUUGAAUAGAUCAUAAGCCAAACUAAAAAAAAAAAACAAUGAGCGAAUCAAUGAACCAUCAUCGCAUGUCUUUUACAAAGAAACUCAAAUCAACUUUUUCCAUCGCCGGGUGUUUCCGAACGACCAACCAUCCCCAAAGUCUCCCUGAACAACCACCAUCUCCGACAACUCCAAAUGAGACAUCUACACAAAGCCCCAUCAAGACCAAAUCUCCUAGACUCACUCGAACCUUGUCCAAAUCACACGAAAAAUGCAAAAAUCUGAUCCACCGGAUCGGGGAAGGCGGACACGGUAAGCACAUUAGACGCCACACGACUGAUUUUCAUUAUGAUCCGUCGAGCUAUGCGCUUAACUUUGACAGGGGAGAAGAGGAUCAAAAUGUUAAUCGUUUUCCACGUUACAAUUUCUCCUCUAGGCUGCCUCGUUCACCGCCUUCCUCCACCACGGCGACAGAAUCGUCGUUCACUAUUCAUAACCUUUUGCGGUGAUCAUUGUUUGACUCAGAUUUUUUUAUUUCGUUGUGUCGUUUUUGUUCUUCCAAAAUUGUGGAUUCUUUUAUGUUUCAAGAAAGAAAAACUUUCAAGAAAGAAAAACUUACGAGAACUGAGCAAUGAUAUCGUAGGCCUAAGAAAAACAAAUUUGUACAUAACGUAUUUUAUUUUUAUCAGUUUCAGCGGGUUUCAAAAACUUUUGAUUGAUAUCUUAUCUCUCUCUUAUGUAACUUGAGUAAAAACGUCUUUGUAGUAAUAACUCAUAAUCUAAUGGUAUGGAGAACUUCACGCGGCUUAUCAGUACGUGUACGUUCGUAGUCUGUUUUGAACAGGAGACCUGCUCCGGUUAGCAACAUGUUCUAAUCAGCUCCGCAACUCAAACUUUGUAAUAAGGGAACAUGUGUUCCUUUACUUUCCGUUGCCCACAUAGCAACGAUUUUUUUUGUUCCCAAGCUCUACUGUUCUUUGGCUUCUUUGAAAACGCAGAAACUGUACAGAAAGACCCUGAACACGAUUACUCAAACCGCAAACAGUCAUUUCCCGUUGGUGGUUUUCGUCCCACUUUUUUGACAAUUACAUUCUUUUUUUUGUAACUUACUUUAUUUAUCAUUUAGCAAAAAAGAAAAACAAACUUACUUUAUUUAUGGAUAAUCUCAAGUAUUUUCUAUAUUUAUAAGUAGUUUUAAAAAUGCGUAUAUGGCUGGAUAUUCACUAUAUUUUUUUUCUUCACUAAAGUUGUUUUUUUCUUCACUAAAGUUGUUACAUAUGACAAUUACAUUCUUUUUUUUUUUGUAAAAAGACAAUUACAUUCUUUGAAGAUAGAUUAUUUCAAAUUUACAACCAUGCGUCUUCCACUAGAAGGUUAAUUCCAGAGAACAAGUCAGAACCCCCAUAAGCUCUUAAUCUUAAGCUACCAGCUGAUGAAAAACUUGAGUAGGAUUAAAUAAUAAUGGUUGAGAGUACAAGCAUGAUUGUGGAGGAUUACUAUAUGUGAGCAAUGCAAUGAAUGCUUAGUUAUGCUCAAGUGAGGUUAGUGAAAGUAGAAAACAAACAUAAAAUCUGAAUAUCUCAUUCAACAAGGAAACUAGAAUAGAAUCAGUGUCAUGCGUGGCUAAAUUUUAUUUUAAACAUUUAUUUUGUUCUAUAGAUUGUUUGAGUUCGUCUUUUCUAUUUUCUAGAAGUACCGUAAGUUGUCAUUGGGAUCUGAAAACCGAAUAUAAGUCCUCGUAUAUGAAAUGUCAGGCAGAAGUCUAUACCAACUCUAACUCUAAAUUAUUCAUCUUGAACUACUAAUCCUAAUCUUAAUUUUCCAUCCAGUUUUAAAUGGUUUGAGAUCUUUUAUAAAUAUUUUUUUAUAAUAAAAUUUAGAUGAUUUAGAUGAACUCGUGUUUGAUAGUUCAAAAUUAUAAUAUAAUAUAUGAAGUCCAAAAUAUGAGUCUAAUUUAAUAUAUUGGAUAUAUUUUAAUAUUUUUUUUUAAUUUCAAAUACAAAUGAAUAUUUUUUAAAAAAUUCUAACAAUUAAUUUAUUUCCCAAAAGCAAUUAAUUUGAAUUUCAAUUAUCAGUAAAAUAUAAUGAAAUAUUUUAUGUGAUUUUAAUUUUAAUUUUUAAAUCAAAAUUGAAUUAAUUUUAAUUUUAAUUAUAUUUUAAUGAUAAUCAUAAUUUUAAUUAAUUAAUUACGAAAAUAAAUUACAAUAAUGUUUUAAGAUUUUGUUAGAAUUUUUUAAGGAAAGCUGUUUAUUUGUAUUUCAGGAUAAAGAUUAAGAUAUUAAAGGGUAUUGUAAUUAAAUUAUGUGUAAUUUGAUAAAAAAAAUUUAAGGAAUGGUCAAAAUAAAAAAUCAUACCUAAAAAGUCAUAAGACUCUAAUUUAAUAGAUUAGAUAUAAAAUAAAAAGAUUUAUGUUUGUCUUCGAGAAAUAAAAAUACCGAGUGGUUUAUCCUUUAUAUACUAAAGCACAAAUCAUUUUACCAAUCAUAUAAUGACAUUUGGCAAAGCUUAAAAAAACAAUUAAAUUUUCCUUUUUUUCAAUCUCAUAUUUUUAUGCAAUCCAAAUCUUAAACUAACCAAAUUUCUUUUCUCUCUAAAUUUUAAUCACACGUUACUUUUUUAAUCAUCAAACUGUUUUCUUUUUCUCCGAUAUAAUUUUUAAAUGUACUGGUUUUCUUUUCUACGUUUUAUCUAUUACCAAAAAGUUUUCCAUUUGUUACUGAAGUAUCAGAACCAUGAGCCAUAUCACGAUAUCAAAAGGAAGAAGUAAGUGCUUCAUUGUUAUUAUUAUAAGGAUGGAAAAUCUGAGUAACCAAUUCCAAGUUUUCUUGCAACUACAAGUCUUUUAAAGAAUAAUUUAAAAUUUUAUAGAUUAAAAUUUUCCAUCUGUUUUUGUCGACUAUAUUUUUAAAAAUUAUGUUACAUAUAUGCUAUAUAUAGAGAAAAUGUAUGUGAAAGAAGAUGAAUCAUUGAAAAAACUUGAGGAAACAUAAAUGUUUUAAAAGAUAAAUUGUUAACAACGAGGAAAGCAUGAAGAAACAAAUCAUAGCUUCAUUUGAUCUUAACUGCAAAAAUUAAAUCCCUUUUUUUCUGUAACUAUAACCAUAUCAUGUUCUACAUAUCAACAGUUUCAUCUCCUAUAUAUCAUUUAUUUAUUUAUUAGUUUUCUAUAAUUGUACCUUCCUCUUCUGCUUUAUCAUUCCAUCAUUUUGUCGUUUCUUUUUAGUUUUGUAUAUGGCAAAGAUAUUUAUUCUACAUUCUUCUCUUUCUUUUUUUCUGAAAGAAUUUUACAUCAUUCCUUCUGCAUAAGUCAAGUUGAAGAUUUUAUCAGAUUAUACUUCUAUUUUGUUACUUUAUUUUUAUAGCAUAAUGGAAAAUUAGGGUUUUGUUCAGAGACGCAUCUACAUUUAUAACUAUGAUAUUUAAAGUUGUUUAAAUAGAUGAGUCUCAGAUUUGCAUACAUUUUUUUUAUAUCAGAAGGAUCUACAAUUCAAGCUUUUGUGAUUUUUUUUUUUUUUUUUUGAAAAACCUUUUGCAAAGCAAAACAUGAUAAAAACAACUUAAAAGACAAUUAAAAAAAUGAGAUUAUGGUUGAUUCUUAUUUUCUAAGUAUAUAUGUAUAUAUUAUUUAAGGUUUGUUAGAUUUACUAAUUGUAUUAAACUUUCUGCAGAUAUAUAAUUUAAAUAUGAAAACAUGUGUGCAGAUAAUUAUUCAUUUAAGAGAUUUAAUGACAAUUUACAUACAUUUAUAGAUUAAACACGUUCUAUGAAAUCUAUACUUUUAUACAAUGUAUUUAAGUUUAUGUUCUAAUGUGCUAUCUAGAUUUUGAAAACAUGUGAUAAAUUAAUAAUUUAUUUUUUCAUAUCCUUCUUUCAAGGUAGUAGAUCUUUACCCUGUGAAACAACUGUCUGACCCUUAUUAGAUGAUUAUCAAAAUUGAAAAGGCUUUUGUGAAGAUGAGCUUAUUCAUCAUAUAAACACCCCAAAAACUAAUUAUUAUCUUGUCGUUUCAGGUCUAAAGGUACGAAUGUGCAUUUGAGUAUCACUUCUCAACAAAACCAAGUAUGCACUCAUCAAAAAAUCAUACGACAUAUGAAUAUGUGACUUAAUCAUCUCAAAUUUAGCAUGAUACUCCAAUAUUCCUUAUGUCUCUUUUAACUCUUUUAACUCUGUAAUCAGAUUAUCAAGAAUUUCAUCGGAUCUGCUCUAAUCAACCGUUUAUAUAUGUUCUCCAACUACACAUCUCUUUGUUCAUCAUCAUGUAUCACAUAUUGAUGCCAAGUAACUCCAUCUAAAUGUAAGGAUGUGAUUCCUACCUCAAAUUCUUCUCAAGUAUUAUCAAUCACAAAAAUGUUAGCUUUGUUUACCAUUUCUCACUAUCAAAUCUCAGAAAGUCAAUUUUUGUUAAUUGUGUUAACUUGUAUAGUGAUUAGGCAUUAUUCCUUGAAAAUACUUAUGAAGAAUAUGUUCACUUUGGAUAUUCGGCAUCGCUGAUAUUGCCGACAAUUAUUCUGAUCCUUAGUGUUAGAUGAAUUCCUCACACUAUGUGACAUCAUCUUGAUCGCUUCAACCAUAUCAUCAAUUCUCGAGCAAUUUAAUAGUUAUGUGAUGCUAUUGUACUCUCCAGUGACAGAGCUUGAUCCAUAAUUUGAUUGAAUCAAUGCACCAUUGCUUUCUCUGCUUUGCAUCACUGUUUUCUCAAAAGAGCUUGUGCUUGUGUUUCUACCAUGGAAUUCCCCAAGAUCGUUGCCUCUAAUACAGUGACAGAGGUAAACACAGUCUCCAUAUAUGAAGAUCAAAUUUCCGUUCGUAAAACAACAGCCCGUAGCUCAAACAUAAAAGGUUACAAAUUAAGAAGAGCCUUUAAACGAAAUGAAACGAAGUACGGAUUGUAUUAGAUUUCAAGAGAAGAAUUACGAUGAAUAUUUCUGAUUGAAUCUAUGUACAAAAAUGAAUCUACUAUUUAUCUUCUUUGAACGAGUUGUAGUCAUUCAAUUAUGUUAUUGCCACAUUUCGACCAAAUGUUGGUUGCUCCCAACUGCCUCAACCGGCAAACGGCCAAUACCAACAAAACCACUCAACUUACUUCUUUUUAUUUACUCUAUCAAAUUACCAUACUUAAGAAGACUCACAAGAGUUGAAAAAAUGAUAUUGUAUGCCUAAUUGAUAAAAUGUACAUGUGUAUUUUAUUUGAAUCAGUUACAGUAACGUUUUGAAAUUUUUUUGAUUGAUCUCUUAUCUCUCCCUUAUGUAACUUCAGUUAACCUUCUUUGUAGUAAUAACUCAUAAUCUUAUGGAGAACUCAACAUGGCUUAUACCUUCGUCUGUUUUGCACCAAAUAUUUGAUCAUGAGUUAGCAGCUCUGUUCAAGUAAGCUCCACAACUCUAUCUUUGUAAUAAGGUAACAUAUGUUCUUUUGCCCACGUCAAGACAAAGAUUGGUUGAAGUUCUAUUAUAGUUCUGAAGAAUGUUCUUUGGCUGCUUUAAUACACAUAAUCUGUAAUCAAAGACCCUGAACACAUCACUCAAACUGGAAACGGUUAAACUUUUUUUGUAGUCUAUUUUGCACCUAAUACAUGAUCAUCAGUUAGCAGCUAUGUUCAAGUUAGCUCCACAACUCUAUCUUUGUCAUAAGUGACCAUGUGUUCUCUUUCCCACGUAACGUUUAAGUUUGGUUACAGCUCUAAGAAAUGUUCUCUGGCUCCUUUGAAAACGUAGAAUAUGUAACGAAAGACCCUGAACACAUCACUCAAUCCGCAAACGGUCAUUUCCAUUUGUGGUUUUCAAUUGGAACUAUUUCUUUGGCAAUUACAUUUUUUGCAAAUGUUUACAAAUUUACAACCAUGCACUUGAACUAAAAUUAGAUUUUCAUCUUCAUUUGAAAACACGAGAUUAUGUAAAUUAUAACUACAUUCAUAAUUUAUAUACUUUAAGUUUUUUAUAAUUUUAUUUAAAUUUGUGCAUUUUUCUAUUAAUUUGUUUUUAACAAGUUUAAGCUUUAAAUUUUAAGAAAAUUAUAAUUACUACUCUAUGUGGAUUUUAUUAAUUUAAAUAUAUGAAAUUAUAUGAAAAUAAUUUAUGAGAAAUGUUAAUUUUUAGUUUUAUUACAUGUGUAUAAAUUUAGAUUUCAAUUUUUGAAAUAAACCAAAAUCGUUAAUUUGAGAUGUUAAUAUAUUAAAUGUUUUAGAUUUGAUGAAGAGUAAUUUUUAAUAUAAAAUGCAAAAAUAUUUGUAAUUAUUAUAUUAGCUAACCCAUAUUAUUACACAAUAUCAUAAUUUAAAAAUAUUUUGCUUUUAUAAAGUAGUCAUUAGAAGUUUAAUAUGUAUUGCGUUAAUUUAUAAUAUUUCUGUUUUACGGAAUAACAUAUGUUCAAAAAAAAUUUAUUUAUGUAUUUAAUAUUUUAUAGUCUAAUUAAAAUUUUAUAUAAAUAGAAACUAUAUAAUAAUCAAAAAUAUUUUAAAAAAUGAAUAAUAAUUUGUUUCUUAGUGUGUCGGGCAUUUGUUUGAAAGAGAAAUGUACCUCUUUUAAUGUCUUACAUUCGUCAAUAUUUGUUUCUAUUAAUAUAAAUGAGUAAAUGUAUUUGCUAAAAUCGUCUUGUAUUUGAUUAAUGUAUUGUAUAAUUGAUGAAAUGACCCGUAAAAAUCUAUAAUUGUAAAAAUAUCAACCUUAAUCCGUUUCAAUAUACUAUAAAAUAAUAUAAAUAAAAGUUAAAUCUUUAAUGUUUCAUUUUUAUUAAGUGAAUAUAUAUUUAUCUAAUUUUCAAUAUCUAAUUUCUUUAAAAAAUAUU